UCCUGUCAGUCUGCUAGCAGUAGAGGGAGGGUCAACAUGGCGUCUGAACAGGAGAGCUCCAAUGGGCCGGUGAAGAAGUCGAUGCGAGAGAAGGCGAUAGAGAGACGCAACAUCAACAAGGAACACAACAGUAACUUUAAAGCUGGGUAUGUACCCAUAGAAGAAGAACGUCUCCAUAAGACGGGCCUGAGAGGGCGCAAGGGGAACAUGGCUGUGUGCAUCGUCGUCCUCCUCUUCCUCCUCGCCUUAAUUAAUCUCAUUAUAACCCUGGUGAUAUGGACGGUGAUACGCAUUGGUCCAAACGGCUGUGACAGUAUGGAGUUCUUCGACAACGGCCUGCUGCGUUUCAAACAGAAGGCAGACAUGGGCAUUGUUCACCCGCUGCACCGGAGCACAGUGGGAGGACGAAAAGACCAGGACCUCGUCAUUGUGGGCAACAACAAUCCAGUCGUGUUCCAGCAGGGCACCACAAAGCUGAGCGUAGAGAAGGAUAAGACGUCAGUGGUCAGCGAUGUGGGCAUUUCCUUCACAGACCCUCGCACACAGAACACCUUCUUUAGCACAGACUUUGAAAACCACGAGUUCAACCUGCCCAAAGGAGUCAAAGUUCUCAGUGUGAAGAAGGCAUCGACAGCGAGGAUCACCAGCAGUGCAGCCUCUGACCUGAGCAUCAAAGGGGACGGGAAGGCCAUCAUUCGUGGAAAUGAAGGCGUCAACAUCAUGGGACGGACCGUAGAGUUCAAAAUGGGCGGAGGCAUCGAACUCAGGGCUGAGAACAGCAUCGUCCUCAACGGAUCAGUCAUGUUCAACGCCACCCGUAUCCCUAACUCUGCAGGCGACGUGUAUUUUGACGAAGGCAUGGAGAGGUACAAACUCUGCAUGUGUGCAGAUGGGACUUUGUUCCGUGUGCAGGUGAAAUUUCCCAACAUGGGCUGCCAAACUUCAGACAACCCGUGUAGGAAAGCUCGCUAGGAGACCUCUGCUGUUACUAUGAUCCCUCACAGCUGAAGUAGAUCACUUUUUUCCUUUUAGAGAUCAUUCAUCAUGACUUGCACAUAAGAAUAAUACCUCUGCGGCUCACCUGUGGGUAUUUUCUGUUAAAUUUUGUUUGCCAAACUGGAGUUUUUGUUACAGAUUAAUGCCACUUGGCCAAAGAUAUUAACAUGCUUGUAUGUGCCGAAGUAUUUUUAAUUUUGUUGCCAACUUUAUCUAAAAUGCAGACCAGGAAAGAAUAACAUUCUGGCCAUUUGCUGAUGCUAAUAUUUAUCUCAUAGAUCUUUCAGCUGAUUUUAAACACAUCGCAUCUCUCAUGUUGUGGAAAUAGCAUGUAAUUACUCUUACUUAGGGAUGCACCGAUGCACCAGUUGACAUCUGCCUCCCUGUCAGUAAAUAGCUUUGCAUUCAUCAUUGUUGUUUGCUGAUACUUGUGUGUUAUGUCACACUGGUUUAAUCAAGCUUGCAGGUGGGUAAAUCUAGCACUCACAGCAAGAACAGGAUGUCUCCAGAAUAUUCAAUGGCAGGCUGACAUGAGCUUUAUGCAUCAUCUAACAACCUUGUUGCUUUGCAGAGUUGCUCAUUUGCAGCCAGUGAAGAUCUUUAAUUUGGCAGAUAAUCUUUUUCUAUUGUAUCUACAAAAACAGGCUGAUGAUAUUGUGCAUCCCUAGUCUAGAGAUUAUUUACAGUGAUAAAAAGCUGCAGUAUUUACUGUCUGCCUUACCGUCCAGUAUUAUAACCUGACAAAUCUUGUAGAGGGUUUGUAUCAGAUCUGAUCUUCUGUUCACUGAUCCGGCAGCUGUGUUUGAUAUUUUCUUUUAUGCAUUUACUGACAGGCUUACAACACUAUAUGGUAUAAGGAUUUAUGUUUUAAAGAGACUGUAAACAUGGUACAUUUUCAGCUAACUUAAAGUAGAGAAGGUCUUGUUCUGCACAUUUUGGACUGUUUAUCAUGCAGGUGCCAAUAGAUUUAAAGGGAAGAUGAAGAAUAUAAUAUAUUUAAUAUUCUUAUUUUGUUGCCAAACCUUUUUUAAAGCAAAUAUUGAAGUGAACAAGAGUGUGUGCGCUACAGAUAAAUUAAAGUCUCUGUAAAUGUUUGUUUAUUGAUUUCAGGAAGGUUUAGAAACAGCCUGAGUUGAAAUAUUUGAGUGGUUUGAAUUUUGUGCAAUAUAUUAUAAAAGAUUUGAUUUUGCUUUGGGUUGACAUGUUUGUUUAUAAAGUGCUGAUAUGAAACA